AUGAAUUCUGUUUUUGGGCCAUAUUUUAGAAAAUUUGUUCUUGUGUUUUUUGAUGACAUCCUAGUGUAUAACCCUACCAUCCAAGAGCAUGUGCAUCACCUCUCAAUAGUGAUUUCACUUCUCAGAAAACACAAGUUAUAUGUCAAGUAUUCCAAGUGCUGCUUUGCACAAUCUUCUUUAGAAUAUUUAAGACAUAUCAUUACAGCUGAUGGAGUGGCAGCUGACCUUGAGAAGAUUGCUUGCAUGAAGUCUUGGCCUAUUCCUACAAACAUCAAGCAACUAAGAGGGUUUUUGGGCCUCACAUGUUACUACAGAAAGUUUAUUGGGUCUAUUGCUAAACCACUUACAGAUCUUUUGAAGAAAAAUGCAUUCUUAUGGUCUCCCUCGGCAGAAGAAGCUUUCCAUACACUUAAGAAUACUAUGUAUACCACCCCUGUUCUUGCUCUUCCUGCCUUCACCAAAAAGUUUGUAGUGGAAACAGAUGCAUGA